CGUCGUCAAUAAAGACGAUUGUAAAUGAAUGGACGAAAAUGGCGUCCGCCUUGGAGAACCUGGAAGCUCAACUAGAGCUUUUUAUCGAAAAUGUGCGGCAAAUACGUAUUAUAGUAAGUGAUUUUCAACCUCAAGGACAAAACGUACUGAAUCAGAAGAUACAAGGUCUAGUUAAUGGCUUACAGGAGAUUGAUAAACUAAAAUCUCAGGUGCAAGAUGUCCAUGUGCCAUUGGAAGUAUUUGAUUACAUUGACCAAGGAAGAAAUCCUCAAUUGUACACCAAAGACUGUAUAGAGAAAGCUCUUACAAAGAAUGAACAAGUGAAGGGAAAGAUUGAUGCUUAUAGAAAAUUCAAGGCGAAUAUGUUAGUGGAACUGAAUCGAGUUUUUCCAAAUGAAUUGACCAAGUACAGAGCAAUUCGCGGAGAUGAAUAAGAUAAUCUAGUUUUUAUGGAUCAGAUUUUGACAACCAAAUGGUUCUUUAUACAUGCUGCCACAAAUGUAAUUUGUGUUCUUAUAACUUUUUUAUGUUUCUUUAAAAAAUGUGUUAUCUAAAUAUAUUCAAUAUUCUUUCCUUGUAUAUUAUAGAUGUAAAUAUAUAUGCAGUAUUUUUUAAAGAUUAAAUAAGUUUACAAGCAAUCCAAACGGCUAAAAGUUUUUAUAUUUUGCACUUCUGUGUGUGUGUGUGUGUGUGAUGCAGUUAAUCAUAUGUAAUUAGACUGACACACAAAUUAUGUUGAAUAGCAUUACACUAUAUCAUUUGUAUCCAGACAAUUGCAUAACUGCAAUAUAUAUACAAAAUUAUUUUACAACCAAUGGUAUCAAGCGCAAAUUACAAAAAACCACUUUAAUUGAUCUAUAAAUGUAAGAGAGUAUAUAUUUAAUAAAUCAAAAUC